AUGAGAUUCAGGGAGCUAUCAAGACCAGAGAGUUGUAUAGAAAGGCUAGAUUUUGGAGAAGGGCACGCCCUGCCUGGUCGAAGGCUGAUAGCAGACUCUGGCACGCAUCGGGACAGCGCUGCAGAACAUGGAGCAAGCACCUUCUUGGAACAGGCCCUGCAGGAGGGGAGUCGUGCGAAAGAAACUUUUGAAGUAAAAUUGCUAACCAAUGGAGAAUUUGACUGGAGUCUGUGUCCUAGCGAUGCAUCUCCAGAUGAAGGAGUAGUAGAAGAUCUGCCUUUAAUAGAUGAGAAAGCUGUGGAGCAGCUAACUGAAGGAUUGAUUUCUCAUUAUCUGCCUGAUCUUCAGCGAUCAAAAUCAGCACUACAGGAACUUACACAAAACCAAGUGGUAUUACUAGAAACAUUAGAACAAGAAAUUUCAAAAUUCAAAGAGUGUAACUCCAUUCUUGAUAUCAAUGCUUUGUUUUCAGAAGCUAAACACUAUCACAACAAAUUAGUGAAUAUUAGGAAUGAGAUGAUGAUGCUCCAUGAGAAGACAUCAAAGUUAAAAAAAAGAGCACUUAAACUGCAACAAAAGAGGCAGAAGGAAGAACUAGAACGAGAACAGCAACGUGAGAAGGAACUUGAAAGAGAGAAGCAGUUAACAGCAAAACCUGCUAGGAGGACAUGAAAGCAGAGCGUGCAACAACUUGUCCAAAUCAAUCCUUUCUCUGGAACUAAGGCAGACUUUGCUUAAACUGGGCUAUAGCUGUUACUGGCAACAGCCUACUCUAUGAUAUUACAAAUUCCAGAAUGUUAAUAAUAGGGUUGGUAACGUUCGCAUUUUUUCAUUUCAGCCAUUCAAGUUGCCUUCUUUUGUAAUGCUAUGCAGUUUGAUAUUAUUAUAAUGUAAGUUAAUUUUUUUUUUAAUAUAUAUGUAUAUAGGAGAACUUAGGCAUCACAGUUUUAAAUACCUAUCCAUCUUUUGUCAUCUGUUGUUCUGGUGUUUAGAAUUCUGAGAGAUAUUUGGUGACUGGCAUACAUGUUUUUCAGACAAAAUACAGAAUACUAGUUAAAGUUCAGUUCUCAUCCCCAGGCUUCAGUGGCUGCCUAUUUCACUGAAACUGCUGUGAUUCAGGCAGCUGGGAUCUCUUUUCGAUGCCCUGGUUCAUAAGCGCUGACUUCUUGUGCAGCCUUAAUUUGGUCUGUCUCUAAUGAACUGAAGAAACUUCCAGUGUGUUUGCCUGAAAGCUCACUUUAUUGCAGUAGUCUUGUUUUUUUUGUCAUGAAGUAACUUAAGAACAGCUUUAAAGUAACUUCUGAAUAAUUUCCCAGUUGAAUUGGUUGACUGGUGGGAGGAAGCAGAACAGUAAAGAUUCUCAAAAUGGAUGUGUACACAAUGCAAA